CUCAUGUCCGAACAAGCCAAGGUCCUCGCGCUCCUUUCUCUCAUCAACUCUGCGACGACAGACGCACUCGCUCUGUAUACCGCCGACGACAGAGACGUCCCCGACCUCCGCUCAACAGUUUCCCAUCCCUUGGAUACUGCCGAUGAUACGGUGGCGCUCAAAAAAGCUAUCCGCACCCUUGAGGGGGCGUGUCAGCAGCUCUGCGCAACUUUAGCCCCCCCGCAGCAUACCAUGGUUGGAAACUUCGAUUGGGCAUGCAUCCGCGUUGUCGUUGAACAUGGCAUUGCUGAUAUCCUCGACAAAUUUCCAUCGGGGCUAUAUGUUGAUGAGCUCGCUGCCAAAGUCGGAAUGAUCGGGUCCAAGCUCGCACGCGUCCUCCGACCUCUUGCGUCCAAGGGGUGUUUUAUUGAAGUGUCGGAGGAUGUUUUUGCGAAUAACCGCCUCUCCCUACAUCUUCGUACCUCAGAAGGCGUUGCCGGUAUUUCCCUGGUGAUGACCAAACAGGUCGCAAAGGGCGCACAUGUGCUCACCGAAAAUCUGGCUGGUUCACGCUAUGCAACGUCUUUCGAUCCUGGCGACGCGCCGUGUAUGCAGGCCCUUGAUCACAAGUACAAGGACACGUUUGAACUCCUUAGAUCAGAUGUACGUACACUAGAACUCUCUUGUCUUCACUUCUCACUAACCAUCCCAGGCUUCCCCUGGCAGAAGUAUAAUUCUGUUGUUGACCUUGGAUCCGGCGUCGGCUCAUUUUCCCGGCCACUCGCAAAGCGCUUCUCGCAUAUGCAAAUUACUUGUCACGAUCUUCCUGAGGUCAUUGAAGAGGCCAAGGACAUUUGGAGCAAAGAUGCUCCAGAUGCAUUCACCAGCGGACGCGUCACUCUUGCCCCUCUCAAUUUCUUUGAACAAGUGCCUGAGAGCGGACGGGACGUGUACUACCUUCGUUACGUCCUUCAUGACUGGCACGACCCCGAGUCAAUAGCCAUUUUGCGCAACGUUCGAGAAGCCAUGGCUCCCCACAGCCGCCUCCUCAUCCAAGAUUACGUUCUUAGGUCAUCCGCUCCUUUGGAUAACCAGCACGGCUUGGAUGCUGGCGAUAUCGCACCCGAGCCUCUUUUGCCCAACUUUGGCGCAGGUAACGCCCGGAUGUACUCGCAAGACCUGACAAUGUUCUUCACCCACAAUGCACGUGAACGUACGAUGAUCGACUUCAUAAAUCUAGCGAAUCAGACUGGCUUCCUUAUUGUCAAAGUGUGGGACCUGGCCGAGACGUGUCUUCUCGAGCUCGAGAUGGCUUUACCCAAGUAGUGGCACUUCCUCGGCAUAGAAGAAUUUAUGACCUUCUUUAUACUUCUGAUAUGCUAAUAAACUCU